AUGGCCGGCGGAUGGACACUGCCUGGGUGUAAUCUGCCGUUGGACGGAGGCUCAUUCCGGUCGGCCCGUUUAUUGCUUGUUUCAGGACUAAUCACCGCGUUAAUUGCUCACAUGUGGUGGUGUGGGGCUCAUUUUUCCACUUUCUUUCUUCAAACUUUUGAUUUUUUCUGUGUUUUUUGAUUUUCUAACGUCUAGUAGGAUGAGAAAUGAUGGAAAUCUCCAAAUUCUGUUUUUUUCAACACCACUUUUUUAAUUUUAAAAAAAAGUUUUCGAACUUUAACCUAUCUUUUUUUUUCAGAAAAACGCAAAUGUCGUUUGUAAAAAUCACAAAACUCUUGACAUGUUUUAUCCUUUUCACAUCAAGUGAGUUUUUCCUCCGUUUCUGUUUCUUUUCAAUUUUUUCGUUUUCAGCCUCCAGUAAACUAAAGUUUAGCAAGAAAUCACACGAAGGCAAGAUUUCAUUCAUAAGGGUAAACUUGCAGAGAAUUUUGAAGCUGGAAAGUCGUUUUCAGACUCAAAAAUAUACAAACAAUUCUUUGCCGCCACUGAGGUCGAAAUUACGAGCUGAACUUUCGCUGGAUAUUCUAAUGAUUGCAGAUUUUUCAACCUAUGAGGGUUUUUAUGCUGAAAAAUAAGUUUAUUAUCAUUAUUUUUCAGCUUUUUAUCGAAAAUGGCGAAGGGGGAUGAAGUCUCAGCUCAGCAUUUUGCUCCCCAAUAUUUGACAAAUAUUUUUCGAGCAGGUUUUUUUGGUUUAGGAUGCAAAUGAAGAAUUUUUUUACAGAUGAAAAAUAUUCUAUGAAAAAUAUCAAAUUUGGGAAGGAGAUUCUAAAGUUAUCGCUGGCAGGGACAUUGAUCGCUUAUAGGUUGGUUGAAAAGUAGUUUACAGUGAAAAAACUAAAUAAACGAAAAGUAGUUUACAGUGAAAAAACUAAAUGAACGUUUUUGGAAUGAGAUUAAAAGACCUCUAUAGGGACUGUUUGAGCUUUGGGGACUGAGAGGUCAGACCCUAAACCCUUAUAGGGACCACCUUGAUUUUACCCCUAUAGGGACCGAUCUUAAAUUCCUAAGUAUCAGAUCAGUCUGUUAAAACAGCUACGCUUCUAGCCAUUCCAAGUGCGACCACGGUGUCAAAAGUUGAAACGAUGACAGUAUACUGUGCAAAAUUUCGAAUAACUGACCGUUUAGCGAUUUUCCCAAAGUUCCCUAAGUUCAGAGAAGAAGACUGUCCUCUAUGGAGUUCCGUGGCCGGAAUCGAUCUGGACUCCUUGUCGAACUCCAACGAAACUUUCAACUCGACAGACACCUUGUAUGGCAACGAAACCGUCGUCCAGACCUCUACAUUGGAAGAUUUGGAGAGCAACUUCAACAACACCGAGUGAGUUAUGAGUUCAAAAGACCCCUGGGAGAAGCGCGAAAAUUUCAAUUUUUCAGUUUUGACACUCUUUUAGGCUAGAACUGACAAACAUUCUUCAGCAUGACCCUCUCGAUGGACUCGAAAGAAGCGAUUGACCGACUGACGUCAUGGAUCAAACUACAUGCGGGAUAUUUGCCGAAACAUGACCACGCCAUUUUGAUUACUAAGUAGGGUAUUGACUUUUGCAAAAAAAAUUGAUUGAGUUAAGGAUUUUGAUAAGUCUGCAAAGAGUAAUUUCAAAAUGUAAGGUCAGUACCUUGAACUUGAAAGUGGGGGAUUCAUACAUUAUUUUUUGAACAAACUGGGGCAUUUUUUAGGGUAGUUAGUGGCCACUAUAGUAGUUUGACUACUGCUCAAUUAAGUGGCUAAAGAUUAGUGGCCUUUAUAAAAUUAUGAGUAGUACUAUAAACCCCUAAAACUACUAUAGUGGCCACUAAGACGCAAAGUAGUGACCGGUGGUUUUAGUGGCCGCUUUAGUGUCCUCUCCGAAUAGUCCUUCUGUGCCUUCUACACUCAAAAAUUCCCGUUUUUUUCAUUUAAUUUUAGUCUUCUUUUUUUUUCUAAAUGGAGCUUUUUGGAGAACUCUAAAAAGAUAUUAUAAACUUGAAGGUUCGACCUUUUGGCGCCAAAUGGCCACUCGGCGACGCAGGGAAUGGCCUACGUCGGCAACAUCUGCCAGCUCGGCGACUCGAGUUCUGUCGUAGAGGACAUUGGCGCUUCUGCCACGGCUCUUAUUGCAGCUCACGAGCUCGGACACUCGUAACUGAUAAGUCCAGAUCCAUUCAAAACGGAAACUUCAGCCUCGGAGCUGUGCACGACGGCGCCGGCGAGGCUCCCGACUGCGACUCCAACGACAACUUCCUCAUGGCUUCGGCGGUCUCUGGGAGUGACCGGCCUCAACUCUUCGCCAACAGUCGGACCAUGAGUCCUUGCAGCGUGAACGCCAUCUUGAACAACUUCAAGUAG